AUGCUGAAGAGGAAGGGAAGUAAUGUGAAUUAUGCUGAAGAGGAAGGGGAGUUACAUGGAUCACCUUACCAGAUAGGACUAGGUUUUAGACAAUGUAUCAGAUUACAGCAGGCUACAUUACGACAUCUGCAUACCACACAUACCGCAUUCCACGAACACCUGCCAGAACCCGAGUCCGAGGAGGAAACAGUCCGGAUAAACUAUAUACUUCGGGACGGAACAGUCCGGACAAUAGCAGGACGGACAGGAGAUAACGUCAUGUACCUCGCGCACAAGCACGAUAUUGAGAUAGAGGGCGCGUGUGAAGCGAGCCUGGCGUGUUGCACGUGUCACGUGUAUGUGGAGGGUGAGUACUGUGAUAUGUUGGAGGAGGCGAGUGAGGACGAGGAGGACAUGUUGGACAUGGCUCCGGAGCUCAAGGAGACCAGCAGAUUGUCAUGUCAGAUUGUGUUGGAGAGGAAGUUGGAUGGGAUUACGGUGCAGAUACCCAGGAUUACUAGGAACUUUUAUGUGGAUGGUCACGUGCCUCAACCUCACUGA